CGCGGCGGGCUUCUAGGCCGAGGUAACCGUCUUUCCGACGAGGUCUCUAGGCUGCUCGGGCUCGGAGGGGGUGUCCCCGGGGAUCGCGGCGCGGCCUGAAACACCGUGGUGGUCGGGCGGCUUGCAGCCGAGCCCCGGGGGCGAAGGAAGCCGCUCUUCCUCUCCAGCCCCCGCCCUCCCCGCUCGGCGCACACCUCCCUGACGCAUUUUGCCGCACAAGCUGUAAUAUGGCGGCAGCGACAGCGGCCUCGGCUCUCGGGAGCUAGGUUCGUUUUGGAUGCUUCCAAACCGUGAGACGGAGCGCUGUUGCGUGGAGCAAAACAAUUGGCUCAGUCAUCCUUGGUGGGUUUUGGUUUUUUACUGUUUCCCCCAACUUAAAGAUUGAAGUGUUGUAACCAUGGGAAUAAAGGUCCAGCGUCCUCGAUGUUUUUUUGACAUUGCCAUUAAUAAUCAACCUGCUGGAAGAGUUGUUUUUGAAUUAUUUUCCGAUGUAUGUCCCAAAACAUGUGAGAACUUUCGUUGUCUUUGUACAGGUGAAAAGGGGACAGGGAAAUCAACUCAGAAGCCAUUACAUUAUAAGAGCUGUCUCUUUCAUAGAGUUGUCAAGGAUUUCAUGGUUCAGGGUGGUGACUUCAGUGAAGGGAAUGGAAGAGGAGGAGAAUCUAUUUAUGGAGGAUUCUUUGAAGAUGAGAGUUUUGCUGUUAAACACAACAAAGAGUUUCUCUUAUCAAUGGCCAACAGAGGGAAGGAUACAAAUGGCUCUCAGUUCUUUAUAACAACGAAACCAACUCCUCAUUUAGAUGGGCAUCAUGUUGUUUUUGGGCAAGUGAUCUCUGGCCAGGAAGUUGUGAGAGAGAUUGAGAACCAGAAAACGGAUGCUGCUAGCAAACCAUUUGCUGAGGUUAGGAUACUCAGUUGCGGAGAGCUGAUUCCGAAAUCUAAGGUUAAGAAAGAAGAAAAGAAAAGGCAUAAGUCCUCCUCUUCAUCAUCAUCCAGUGAUUCAGAUAGCUCAAGUGACUCUCAGUCCUCCUCUGAUUCUUCUGAUUCUGAAAGUGCUUCUGAAGAAAAGUCCAGAAAAAGGAAAAAGAAACAUAGGAAAAAUUCCCGAAAGCAUAAGAAGGAGAAGAAGAAGCGAAAGAAAAGCAAGAAAAGCCCAUCUAGUGAAAGUGAAGCAGAAAAUGUUGAUGCACAGCCCCAGUCUACUGUCCGUCCAGAAGAGAUCCCUCCUAUACCAGAAAAUAGAUUUCUAAUGAGAAAAAGUCCUCCUAAAGCCGAUGACAAGGAAAGGAAAAACAGAGAGAGAGAAAGAGAAAGAGAGUGUAAUCCACCUAACUCCCAGCCUGCUUCAUACCAGCGACGAUUCUUAGUUACUAGGUCUGGCAGGAAAAUCAAAGGAAGAGGACCAAGGCGUUAUCGAACUCCUUCCAGAUCCAGAUCAAGGGAUCGAUUCAGACGAAGUGAGACUCCUCCACAUUGGAGACAAGAGAUGCAGAGAGCUCAGAGAAUGAGAGUGUCAAGUGGUGAAAGAUGGAUCAAAGGGGAUAAGAGUGAGCUAAAUGAAACAAAAGAAAAUCAAAGGAGCCCAGUUAGAGUAAAAGAGAAAAAAAUAACAGAUCACAGACACAUGUCUGAGAGUCCAAACAGAAAAAUAGAAAAGGAAAAGAAAGUUAAAGACCAUAAAUCUGAAAGCAAAGAGAGAGAUAUCAGAAGAAAUUCAGAAAAAGAUGAUAAAUAUAACAAAAACAAAGUGAAGAAAAGGGGCAAAUCCAAGAGUAGGAGCAAGAGCAAGGAGAGAUCCAAGAGUAAGGAGCGAGACUCGAAGCACAGUAGACAUGAAGACAAGAGAGUGAGGUCAAGAAGUAAAGAAAGGGAUCAUGAGACUACUAAAGAAAAAGAAAAACAGUUGGAUUCUAAAGGGAAAGAUCAGGAAAGGAGUAGAAGCAAAGAGAACUCCAAACAGGUAGAAUCAAAAAGUAAUGAACAUGAUCAUAGCAAAAGUAAAGAAAAGGAUAGACGUGCACAGUCCAGGAGUAGAGAACGGGAUCUGACUAAAAGUAAGCACAGUUACAACAGUAGAACAAGGGAGCGGAGCAGAAGUAGGGACAGGAGCAGAAGAGUGCGGUCCAGAAGCCAUGACAGAGAUCGCAGCAGAAGCAAGGAGUACCAUAGGUACAGAGAACAGGAGUAUAGGAGAAGAGGAAGGUCACGAAGCCGGGAUCGAAGAACACCAGGACGGUCGAGAAGUAAAGAGAGGAGGAGAAGGAGGAGGGAUUCCCGGAGCUCAGAGAGAGAAGAAAGUCAAAGUAGAAACAAAGAAAAAUAUAGAAGCCAAGAAAGUAAGAGUUCACACAGAAAAGAAAAUUCUGAGGGUGAAAAAAGAACGUACUCUAAAAGUCGUGAUCAUAAUAGCUCAAAUAAUAACAGGGAAAAAAAGGCUGAUAGAGAUCAAAGUCCAGUGUCAAAAACAAAGCAAAGCAGUCAGGACAAUGAAGUGAAGUCCUCCACGUUAAAAAAUCAAGAGGAUGAGAAGACCAGAUCCCCGGUGGAAAAAGAAAACCAAAAAUCAAAGGGUCAAGAAAAUGACCAUGUACAUGACAAAAAUAAAAAAUGUGAUCAUGAAUCAAGCCCUGGAACAGAUGAAGACAAAAGUGGAUGAGUGAGUUGUGUACACUUAAUUCCUUUCUGUCUCAAAUUUUAAGUUUUCAAGACUUACUGUUGAACCUUCCUUUUUUGUUGUUUUCAUUGUUUUGGAGUUGUUUUAUGUUUGUGCCCCCCCCCCCUUUUUUUAAAUGUGGACUUCAUUGAGUUGAUCUUUUGAUAAUCUGCUACCUGGAUAAUUUGUACUGCUAAAGUUUUAAUAAACUUGAAAUGAAAAGAAAUACAACAUUUUGGUGUAAUACUGUGUGCUAUGUUAAACUCUUAUGUAUUUCAUUUUUGUGUUGCAACAGUCAAUAGCAGCCUACUUUGCUUAAUCAGCCAUUUGGAAACAAGCUUAACUGUUGGUUGCAGUACAUUGUUAUACAGGUUUGUAUUUCUUUUGAUACAAAUCCCUUUAGAAACCACUUGAAGAGGUUUUGUAUAGCUUUUUGGGCUUUGGUUUUUUCAUUUAUAAUUCAUAGGCUUACAGCAGUUUCCUUAAUUAACAGAAGCAGGAUCCUUACGUGAUCUUAAACCUUCACUUGAUUUUACAGUUAUUUGUACUUUACUUUUUUUGUGCUUUAUACCUUAUACUUUACAAUUCCAGCUGGCUUGUUUCUUAAUAUUGUUCGUGUUGCUCUGUGAGCUAUAAAAAUGAGAUGAGUGCUGUUUUCAGUUCAUGUGCUGAUUGAGCUUGAGUUGCUGUUAUACAGCAUUUGACAGAAAUUAGAUCUUGGAAGACCAGACUGUAAUUUUCAAUUCUUUGUUGUUUUUGGUGUGAAGAGCUGAAAUUGUUGCUUUUUAAGGACAUGUUAUUACCUUUUUCUACAAUUUAAAAAAUGCAUUUCUCAUUAAAACAUACUACUUGUGUAGGUCCUUCUUAAGCUAGACAGAUUCUAAAAAGCGUUAGUAUUGGAAAUAAUAUUUCCCUAUUUUGGCUAUUAGCCUGUAUCACAUUGAGUGUUAAUUCUGCAUGAUUUGGGUUUUUUUUUUUUUAAACUUGGACUAACUUCUCUAAUCCUCAUAGCUGUGAAUAUGAAAUGUCAAGAAGAUGCAUCUUUCUAUAUAUGUACCAUGAUAGGCUGUAGCAUGUUUGUGACUCUGGUUUCUUUCUGUUCAGAUGGCUUUAGACCAGUUUACUGUUAACAUUAUUUUAACUUGGCACGUAUAACAUUGCCAUAUAGAGUAGAAUAGAAAGUUGCAAAAUAUGAUACCGUACAGAGUUAAACACUAAACAUAUCCAAAGUCCAUUCAGAAUUUUGUGUGUUGUAGUUUGCUAUUUUUGUGAUGUGUGGCCUUUUAUUCUGUAAUAUCCUCCUGAAUAAAACAUUGAACAUCCAGCAAACACAAAACCUGCCUCAUUUGAGAAAUAUUUCAAAAAUCCAAUUAAUAGUAGCCUUUAGAAUGUUUUGUACUCUAAUAUUUGUCAGUGUAGUGUCAACUCUUGCCAGGGUAGCUCCUUGGUAAACCCAGUAGCUUUUCAAUGAUAUUUAUACUGAAUAAAGUGAUGCUUAAUAUACUUCCCAUUAUUGAUUAUUAUGGUAAGAUAUAUUUGGCAUUGUAGCUGGUACAGAAUGAAGAGUGCAGUGAUUAUAAAGCUAUUUGAGACAUCUAAAGCAAAUACCUACAAUGGAUUCUUUAUUGUUUUUCUUGAUGGGAAUAAUUAAUAUGUACAUGAUCUGUUACAUGUCUUAAAAAAUUGAUUAUGUCUUAAAUUCAGUUGUGUUUUAAAAUAUAUCCCAAACUUCCUGAUCUUUAAGAAAGGAAUUUCAAUGAACAUUUUAAAAUCCAUACUUUUUAAAGUAAAAUUACUUUUUUUUCUGAUCUAGAGCUUUUACCUGUUAGCAUAUACAUUAUAAACAAGGACUUUCCAGUUCUUUAGGAAAGUAAACAUCGGAGAAAAUUAGUAAUGUCUAUAAUACCCUCCGGAGAGCAGCUCAGUGCUGAGCAUUUACGGGCUCCCCAACUCCUGCUUUGUGGUAGGGUUUGUAACAGGUAAUGGGGUAAAGAGUUGAGAGAAGACAAUCAUUUAGAUUUUUUUUUUUUCAGAAUAAAAAACUUUUGACAGCGUUAAUUGUACCCCAAGAUUCAUAGUUAUCAAUUGCACAAAGCUCAAGUUCUUGUUUUAGUAGUUACACCAGUAGAUUUUUAGUUAUUUGUACAUCAUAUUCCCAAAACCAUUUCCCAUUUCAAUUUUCCCAUCACAUUGGAUCUCUAGGAAUAUCUAAAUUUACAGUUAAUUUAUAAUUUUUCUUAAUAUCCCUUGAAAGUACUUUCACUUGUUUUUAUUGCUUGAUUCUGAAGCUGAGGAAAUUAUUUCAGUAUAUAAGAUUUUAAUGAUUAUUGUAGGAAUUAUUUUUCUGGGUAAGUUGUCUACCACAGAAAUUGACACUACAAAGAGAUCGUUAGAGAAAGUAGAGCUACUGUUGGCAUUGUAGCUGGUACAGACUGGAUAGGUGCUGUAAAGACAAGACUUUGUCUUAGAACAGUGAGUUUUGACAAUAUGGAAGCCACUGCUUGUCUUAAAGCACUCUUUGACUUACAGUUAUGCUAUCAUAGAACUAGUUUUAUUAAAUUGCUUUAUUGGAUCCCUUAGAAUUUGUCAAGAAUUAAUCUGCUAGCUUUCUUUGCCCCAGUGUGAUCCAGCUGCUCACUGGCUUUGCUUAUAUGCAGUGGUAGGUGUUAAACCAAGAACCUUCACGUUCUGGAUAGGCACAUGCUGGGUUUCUGGUAUUUUGGAUAAUAGUAUUAACUGCUGCUCCUACUUUAUUUUCUAGAGACUAUUUAGAGCAGUUAGUAUAAUUGAUACUUUGUUCCACGUAAUAGCUUUCAUCACGGAACCUUUUACAGCAAAUUUAUGUAAAUUUCCCAGAAGGAACUUGGACUAAACUGAUUGGUAUAAAAGACUAAAUGAGCAUUUUUCAUUCUUUUGCUUCUAUUUACUGUAUUCCUUGUAGGGUUUAUGCAUUUACAGUUGACAAACUCUCUGUGUAGUUUGAUAAACUUUAAUUGUAAGAAUAUAUUUUUAAACUAAUUGUUGAUUUAAAAAAUAAAGUAUAUCCCAAGGAAACGCAGUGUUGAUUGCCAUUACUGCCUGCAGUGGGCUUCUCUUCUGUCUUGAAGGGAUUCACCUGCUGUGUGACAAAUAAUCACUUUUUUUUUAAAAAAGGCCGCCCAGGCCAAAGAGGAAGUGUUAGGAUUUUACUCAUUUGCCCUCCCUGACUCACCCUAGUGUUGGAGGAUGUAAGGGCAUUCAUUGAUUUGUGUUUCUGUCUGGUUUUGGUUUUCUUUUAUAGACAAUUCCAUGUUACUAAAAGCACAUGCUCUGUAUUUUCUGUCCCACCCUCUUUGUGUGUUUAUAGUAUUUUUGAAAGAUUGAUACGUAAAUUGGGUAUUUCUAUGGAAUCUUAAGGCGUGGCUGCUCUCUGUGGAAGGGGAAAGCAUAAUUAAGUUAAUGCACUUCUUUUCCUAGCUCCAAAGUCACUGUGAUGUAUAUUUUUUUAAUGGAAUUUAGAAAACUUGUUUUCUCAAUUGUAAAGUUAGUUUAAAAAUGCUGCUUCUCUUAUCAUUAGUCUAGUAAAUGUUGAACUGUUUUCUGCAAAUUGCAUUUUACAAAAUUUAAACUUCAAAACUGUAUUAACUUUUAUAGUUAAACAUUGUAUUAAAUAAAGUAUACUAUAAUAAA